GCUCUUUAUCAUGAAUACUAUGGAGAUAAACAGGGCGCACUGGAGAAUUUGAUUCAGUGUGGCAACUGGAAGAAAGCUCAUACUAUUUUCGUGACUUCUGUUGCUCAUUCUAUGUUUCUGUCAUCUAACCAUUAGGAGGUCUGGAGGAUCACAAGUGCCUUGGAGAACCACAAGUAUGAAAUUGCUGACUGGGACCUUGGUGCCGGAAUAUACAUAGACUUAUAUGUUCUGAAGAACUCAAUGCAAGAAAGAAAUGCCACGGAUGAUUCGGGUUCACUCGAGGAGAUGAGUGAAUCAUGCAGAAGUUUCUUUGGCCGAUUAAACGAGUCGUUGUUAGUCUGGGGAAGCAAAUUACCUGUUGAGUCAAGUGUCAUGUUUGACAGGGCAUGCUACUCGAAGAUGGCAGAGGAGCUAUGCGCGCUUCUGGUGGACACCCCAAGCGAGACGUUGAAUCUACCCAUGGGGUGUCUUCUAACGAUGCUCAACGCUCCACUUCCGGACAAGAGCAGGUCGUCGUACCUGCAGGACGCACCCUCCGUCUUCACCGAAAUCCUUUGCAGCGAUCCGUAG